AUGUAUAUUUAUUUGAGCAAGAAGAUCAGCAUUCCACACGGUUUGCAGCUCAGGAGCCUGUCUUGGAACACGCAACAGGGAUGGCUGGCCUGCGGGACUGAUCAUGGCAUUGUCAAGGUUCUCAAGCUCCAAGAUGCAUCCGGAGUGAAGGACGAUGGGUUUUUCACCACGCAAUCGAACCUUUCCAUGAACCAGACGCUUGAAGGGCACCGGGGUUCCAUCCUAGUAGUUAACUGGAAUCAAAACUACCGAAAGCUGACGUCAAGUGAUGAGAAUGGACUCAUCAUCGUUUGGAUACUUCAUAAGGGAAUGUGGUUUGAGGAAAUGAUUAACAACCGCAGCACAAGCGUUGUUCGUGACAUGAGAUGGUCUUCUGACGGCCGUAAAAUUUGUUUUAUAUAUGAAGAUGGCCAUGCAGUGUUGGGAAAUGUGGAUGGAAAUAGAAUUUGGGGAAAGGAGCUUAAUCACCGGCUUGUGCUUGUCGAGUGGUCACCAGAUGGUAGGCUUGUGCUUUUAUGUACUAAAGAGGGAAAAUGCUUGUUAUAUGACUGCCAUGGCAGCUUUGUUUCCAAUCUUGCAUUACGAUUUGAAGUGGAUUCAGAUAUUGUUGGUUUACAUUGGUAUGGUGGGUUUGAAGGUCUAGAUGACACUUAUCCUCCAACACUUGCAAUAGCACUUGAAAGUGGUAAAAUUCAGCUAAUGAGGCAUGAGCUUGACGGAGAACCUAUUCUUGUAACUGCAGAAAUGACGACUGCCUCAAUCAGGGCAGUGACAUGGGAAGGGACUGGCUUGACGUUAGCAAUUGGAGUGGAUGCAAGCAUAUACCUCGCAAGUAUUAGGCCUGACUACAAGUGGACUUUCAUUGGCCAAAGUACAUGUGUAUAUAGCUUUAAAAAAAAGCACCCUGAUGAGCACUGUGUAAUGUUCUGGGAUGUAGCUACUGGUGACAGGUUAAUUAUUUGCAGUUACUUCAUUUUGUGUGUUUUGUCCUCAGAGAGCUACUGUUGGUUACAGGAAGAGGAACCUAAUCAAUAUAUUCUUAUACUUUGCAAUGCCAUUGGCAAUCCUCUCGAGUCAAACCACGUGACCAUAGAACCAGUCCUCAUGACUAUGAAUGAAGACAAGAUGGACCAAAUAUGUUGCGUCUUCUGCUCACAGACAAACUUCUGGAUUGGCUGUGAGUCCGGUGUGUUACACUGGUACGAACUGCCUUCACAUAAAUUAGCAGGGAAGAUGUUUUUAGAAUGCAGGCCUCAAGGUAAGGACCGAAAGUCAGAGUUCGAACGUAAGGCUGUAUGGAAUAUGAAAUGGGCGGAUGACAAUCCAGAUUUGAUCGUGAUAAUGGAAAGAUCUCGGAUGUACGUUCUUAGGGGUACCGAACUUGAAGAGCCUGUUUCUUGCAAUGCAUAUUUUUGUAGUUUUCACAACCUACAGGUGUUAGCAAUUCGGCUUGACGAUGUUAUGCAACAGCCAGAGCAGCCAACAAGAGCCCAUAUUUUCAGUUAUGAGACCAAAUCCUUACGUGAUACACAUCAAAUUCUCCAAGCGGUUGAAAUUAAAGACGCCUACAGCUAUGUAGAAGAGCAUGGACAUCCACGACUAUGGACAUCCCUUGCUGAACAUGCUUUGGAGCACCUUGACUUCAGUGUUGCUGCAAAGGCGUUUGUAAAGUGCAAAAACUACUAUGGCAUACAGUUUGUUAAGAAAGUCGAAGCUCUUCGAGACAAGAACCUGCAAAAUGCAGAGGUAUGUGCGUACUUUAGAAGGUUUGAGGAUGCUGAAAGAAUCUAUAUCAACAUAGAUAGGAAGGAUCUUGCCAUUCACAUGCGAAUGAAAAUUGGGGAUUGGUUCCUAGUGGAAAAGCUUUUGGAAAACUUUCCUGGGAACAACUCACUUCUGAAGCUAACCUGGAACAAUAUCGGUGAUCACUUUGUUGUCACGCAAAAGUGGAAUGACGCUGCAAGAUAUUAUAGCAAAGCAAAAAAUUUUCAGAUGUUGGCCGAAUGUUACUCUGAACUUCAUCACUGGACCAAACUGCAAAAACUUAUGGACCAUGUUGAACAUGGUUCGCCCCUUCUGGAAUCUAUAGCAAGAAAAUUUAUGAACAUUGGCGUUUGUGAGCAUGCGGUCACAGGUUUUACAAGAUCGGGUAACAUAAAGGGAGCUUUAAACUGCUGCUUGCAAUUGAAUGAUUGGGAGAAAGCAAUCAAGCUGGCAGAGUUACAUAAUUGUGAAAAAGAAACGCAAGAAAGACUCAGAACCUUCAUAAAUGAGCUUUUAGAAUCUGGUAGCACAGUGUCAGCUAUUUACGUUCUCCAAAAGGCUGGGAAGCAUUUACAAGUAGUGAACCUACUCAAUGAGCAUGCCAAGAUAAUCUCUUUCACAAAGGCAGGUUCCAACAGUUCCCAAUAUUUUGCUGAUAAUAUUUUGCAGAGUCAUGCAUUGGAAGUUAAAAAAAUAUACGUGCUUGCUGCCUUUGAAAUGGAAGCUUACAUAGCAAGAUCACUGGAUUUCAGGUAUAUUUGUAAUCUGUAAACUAUUGUUACUUCUAUGUUGCAGCACAAUGCAGACUCUCUAGAUCGCUCAGAUAGGGAUAUUCGGAACGCCUGGCACAACGCAGAAGCAUACCACCUUUGGAUGCUUGCUCACCGCGAGCUUUAUUCUGGAAAUAUGGAACAAGCGGCAAAGGUUUCGUGGUGGUUGAAAGAUUAUGAAGACGUGUUACAACCGCAUAGUAUAUACUCCCUGAUUGCACUCACAUCAUACUUCUGUGGGUAUUACGAGCAAUGCAGCAGGGCCUUUACUGUGCUGGAGCUAAAUCGUAGCAUUCCAGAACAAGAACGAAAGGACUAUAAAGAAAUGGCAGCAUCCAUCUUUUCAAGGCAUCAACCCGUUAGUAAUGCAAAAGUAAGCAGUGGAAUACGAAAAUGCCUGAGGUGUGGAGUCUCUUUGGAGCAUCAAAACUCUGCCAAAAAGUAUUCAGCUCAGUGA